CCUUUGCUUUCUUAUUGUUCUAUCAUCCAAUCACCUUCUCUCCCGCCAAAAAAAAACCAGAACAAAAAAGGCACAAAGCUGCCAAUUCAUGGCGAGAGCUCCCCCUCUCACCCCCUGCCGCCACCUCCAUCCUCGACCAAUCACAGCCAAACCAACCCAACUACUCUCCCCAAUUACAAUAACCACUCCUCGCAAAAUCUCCUCCGUUCACGUCAGCAGCACCACCUCCGACACCAUGACUAGUCGCGGGUACAUUCAUCCGUCUCUCGAGAUCGUCGGCGGUGGCCGACAUCGCGACUCGAUACUCCAGGAUCUGAAGACCCUGGCCCUUCCGUACAAUCCGUUUCCUGUGAUCGGAUGGAACGGCCACGUGGAGACCCUCUUCGCUGCCUUCUUUCGGUCCGUCCCUGACGUAAGGCUCCGCCGUGAGUGCCUCCGUACCGAAGAUAACGGGACCGUCGCCCUCGAUUGGGUGUCCGGUGACGAUCGUUACUUGCCGCGUGACUCUCCGAUCCUCAUUUUGCUGCCAGGUUUAGCCGGAGGGAGUGGGGACGCGUACGUUAGGCACAUGUUGGUUAGAGCCAGAAGCAAAGGUUGGCGUGUGGUCGUCUUCAAUAGCCGAGGUUGUGGAAAUAGCCCUGUCACCACUCCUCAGUUCUAUUCAUCUUCGUUUUUAGGAGAUAUGCGUGAAGUAGUGGAGCAUGUUGCCACUCGAUUUCCAAAAGCUAAUUUAUAUGCUGUUGGUUGGUCGCUUGGGGCCAACAUUCUUGUUCAAUAUUUGGGUCAGGAAUCUCAUACUUGCCGCCUUUCUGGUGCCGUAUCAUUGUGUAAUCCUUUCAAUGGUCUCCUUACAGAUCAGAACCUUCGUAAGGGCUUUAACAUUGUCUAUGACAAAGCUCUUGCACGUGCUCGCCGUGAAAUUUUUAAGAAGCAUGCUCUUCUCUUUGAAGACAUGGGUGGUGAAUAUAAUAUCCCAUUGGCUGCCAAUGCGAAGACUCUUAGGGAGUUUGACGAAGGACUAACUCGUGUUUCAUUUGGUUUCAAGUCAGUGGAUGACUACUACUACAAUUCUAGCAGUUCAGACUCAAUAGAACAUGUUCGCAUACCUUUGCUCUGUAUCCAGGCGGCAAAUGAUCCGAUUUGUCCAUCUGUGGGAAUUCCUCGGGAAGAAAUAAAGGAAAAUCCAAACUGUUUGUUGAUUAUUACACCCAAAGGUGGCCAUCUGGGGUGGGUUGCGGGUGUUGAAGCUCUGCGCGGGGCUCCUUGGACUGAUCCUGUUGUGAUGGAUUACCUAGAGCAUCUAGAGAGAGGAGCAUCCAAAGGCCUUGCAUCUUGUAGUAAUUCAGUUUGUGAGCAGCAAUAUGCUGAGCCUGAGGGAUUGCUAAGCCUAGAAGUACUGUAGCCGACAGGUGCUUAGCAUUCUUCAUACACACACACACGUGAUAUUAUUAUAUCCACUCAAAUUUAAUCUUGCAAUCAUGGUCAUGUAAAUAUACAUUUAAAAAAGAAUAGGAUAAUGCCAUCAAAUUCUUUCUACUCCAGGUACUGUCAUUGGAGCCUAGCAGACACAAACAUCAUUGGAUUACAUAUUUGAAAUUUGAGGUAUAGAAUCAUGAAUUUACAAAAAAUGAAUGGACUAAAGAUAUAAUAGUCUAGGGAAUUGUUCAUCUUUAGGUUAAAAACACAUCCAAGGGCAGUAUAUAUGCAGAUCACAUGUUGAAGUAUACAUUUGCAUUUGUUCUGUCAGUGAAAUGAAGCAGCAAUCCUGUAUUUACUAUGAGUAUUUUUAUCAAGAGAUUAAACCCGAUUUAACACCACGUUCAAAUCGAUCAGCAUUUUAUAUACUCCUAUAUAAAAUCUUCACCGUCAAUGGUGCGAUGGACCCUUCUGGCCUGUCCUUAUGUGACAAGGAAUAACCUAGUGCUUUGUUCGAUGCCUAUCCUUUUUGGAUGUUGAGUUUCUUGUUUUUUCGUUGCAUUAACAUUGGAUUUGGUCUUGGUAGUAUAUGCUCUCUUAGGUCUAAAGUUUGAACCUUUAGGUGGAAAUAAUUUUUAGGAGUCAC